GCGGCCGGUGCGGGUGCCCACGCUUACUGUCCCCCGUCAGGAUCUCCCACCGUGCAUCAUGGCAUCCGGUCGCGGCCGCGUGCUCUCCAUGCUGCAGGCCAUGGACCGGGUGUCGUGUCGGUGUCCGGCGCACGGCUCCGGCGGCGCCGUCCGGCGCGCCGCCGCGCCUGCGCCCUCCACAGACUACGCCUUCGAGAUGGCCUGCUCCAACAUCCGCUAUGGACCCGGCGUUACUCAGGAGGUCGGCAUGGACCUCAACAACAUGGGUGCGAAGAAAGUGUGUGUCAUGACCGAUGCCAACCUCGUGCAGCUAUCACCGGUCAAGGCCACGCUCGAGUCUCUGCACAAGCACGGCGUCAACUACGAGCUCUACGAUUCUGUCCGAGUAGAGCCCACCAACGAGAGCUUCGAAGACGCCAUCCGCUUCGCACGAAGUCAUCCGUUCGACGCGUUUUUGGCCGUGGGCGGCGGCAGCGUCAUGGACACGGCGAAGGCGGCCAACUUGUACCUCUGCAACCCGGAGGCGGACUUCCUCGACUACGUCAACCCGCCGAUCGGCAAGGGCAAGCCCAUUCUGGGCAAGCUGAAGCCACUGAUAGCUAUCCCUACAACCUCCGGCACCGGUUCGGAAACCACUGGCGUCGCCAUCUUUGACCACACGCCCCUGAAGGCCAAGACCGGCAUAGCGAACCGCGAACUCCGCCCGACGCUCGGCCUCGUGGACCCUCUGCACGCGCUGACGAUGCCGGAGCGUGUCACCUGCUACAGCGGGUUCGACGUGCUGUGUCACGCGCUUGAGUCCUACACGGCCGUCCCGUUCAACCAGCGUUCCCCCCGGCCGGACAACCCGAUCCACCGGCCGGCCUACCAGGGAAGCAACCCCAUCUCUGAUGUUUGGGCGGAGGCGACUCUGCGAAUGAUGGCCAAAUACUUCGAGCGCUCUGUUUACGACGCCGGCGACGUGGAGGCCCGCAGCCACAUGCACAUGGCAAGUGCCUUCGCCGGCAUCGGCUUCGGCAACGCUGGCGUCCACCUGUGUCACGGCAUGAGCUACCCGAUCGCGGGCAUGGUGCGGAGCCACCAGCCGGCCGACUACCCGCACCACCACGCCAUCAUCCCGCACGGUCUGUCGGUGGUGAUGACGUCGCCGGCCGUGUUCCGCUUCACGGCACCGCUCUGUCCGGAGCGCCACCUGCGCGCCGCCGAACUGCUGGGCGCCGACGUGACGGGUCGCACGGCCGCCCAAGCCGGCCCGCUGCUGGCCGAGCGGCUGCUGCAGCUGAUGCAGACCAUGAAGGUGGAGAACGGUCUGGCGGCGCUAGGCUACACGUCCGAGGACAUCCCGGCGCUGGUACGCGGCACUGUGCCCCAGCACCGCGUCACCAAGCUGGCUCCGCGGCCGCAGACGGAGGAGGACCUGGCCAAGAUGUUCGAGGACUCGCUCACCGUAUACUGAUCGUGGCGAGGAUGCAUUCGCUCACCAUCUAAUGAUGAUCGCGGAAGCAGAAAACUGGAAGACGAAUACGUAGCAUGGCAACUGGCGUUAGAUGGGUAACAAGCAAUUUGGGUUUUGCAAACACCUUCCGAUGCCUGCGUCAAUGUGUUUCAUGUCGAUGCCCUAUGUGCAUAAACGCGGGUAAGCAAGGCGUUCCCGGUGUACGUGUUGUGCUAUGUGCGUCACGCCGUGUUUGAAAAAGAAAUACAUCGGCAGGUGUUGGCA